CCUUUUGAUGACCACAGGGAUGCCAGUUUCAUGGUAGCACAAAGGACACAGAACGGACGCCGUCCAGUGUAAAGGGGGUUUAAAGCGUUGACAUUAGACGACAGGUCUUUAGUGAAAUGAUAUACUAUGUAAGGUUAGCAGUGAUAAAAUUUGCUGUAUGUUGUCCCAAAUCUGAACUUGAACUGUUGACGUGUAACGUACCUUGAUGUGCUUGUGAUGUGUCAUUUAUAUAGCCUUAUAUCUAGUAGACUUUCAUCCACUAAUUUAUUGCUUAUUACGGCUGAACGCAACACAAGUUUAUGACAUAUUGAAGCCUUCUGCACUAUUUUUUUCACCAAGACAUCAAACACUAAACCGCAUUGUACUUCGCUGAAUGCAGGCUGUUGUCGGUUGGUGUGUUUUACGUACUUGUUCUUCACCACAGCGUUCCUGAUACCACACAGAAGAGUAACGUACAGUUAACAAACAAGUUACGGUAUAGUUAAUGAUUGAAUAUGAGUAACUGGACGCGCGCUGUUUUCUUUGCUGUCCUUCUGGGUCACGUGGGAGGAGGGUUUUGGUCGAUAUGUCCAUAUGGAAUCUUCCCCUGGCUUUGGAAAACCCCAGAAAGAUGCGCAGAACCCAGGGGGAUGAGGAACCUGGACAUAGCCAAGCUAACUGGUGUGUGGUAUGAAAUAACCUUCGUGAUCGACCCUCCAGUGGCACCAGAACUGAUUUUUACGGAUUUUUAUUUGGAUAUUCAGCAGAAUGAAGACGGGACCUUGUCAAUUAAGAUGGAAGGAAGGCCACAAAAUGCCAACCACACCGACUGUACAACAGUGAGUGGUUUUGAGCGCCUGGUUCCAACUGCCAGAAGUGGAGAAUACGCUUUUAUCUUCCAAAAUGAAUCGUCUGGCGACAUUACCUUCGACGAGCACAUUGGUGUACCCCUUGAAGACGCCGAGAGCAACGUAUACAUGAUUUUGGACACUGACUACACACAUUAUUUGGUGAACCGAUUCUGCCUCGGAAAACAAGCCGACGGGUUGUGUUCAAAAGAGGAAAGCUUCCUCAUAUACAGCCGCCGCCCCACUUUGGCACCGGUCUUCCUCAAGAAAGCCAAGAAGUUGAUAACGAAGGACCUUUGUAAUUCUCCCAAAGGCUUUGUUAUCGUUGAACACUCAAAAGCAUGUGCAUGAAGAAGACCAUGCAUGCGAACAUCCAUCACCGGAAGUGUUCAAGAAUGCUGCUAACAUACUACAUCUAACAAUACCAGUUUAUCUUUUAUUCCAUAUGAAGAGGAAACAUCUCCAUGAUAUUGCUUAGAUGAAUUUCAGAACUGUAACUUUAAUGCAUUUUAAAUAGUUUAUUUACUUGUAUGCGUCUAUAUAAAUUUUACGUAAAACCAUGAUUUAGAAAGUACUGAUAAAUAAAUGCAGUUACCUUGUCUAAAAGGUACACAGAUAUGCUAACAUUUAUUACUGGUAUAAAAAUAUUAAUCAGUAAAAAUUAAUGAUCAAUAAACACCAGCAUGAUGGUACUAACAUCUUUUAAUAAAGAUUUAUCCAAAUACAUUUAACGACAUUCAAAGAACUAUCAUGUAAAAUUGUGUAAUGAACCUUUUUAAACAUAUGUUAAGAAUGUACUUAACUUUUGUAAAUUAAGCACGCUUAAUUCAAGCGUGG